UCGUCUUGGGGCAUCUUCCAAUCCAUGUGGAUCUCUGUAACACCAAGGUCGACACCAUCCGUUACAUCUACUUCUGGGGAUACGACACAGCAGGGACAUUGGAAGCCCUCCUUAUAUUAAUACCAGUAUCUAACAGAUCAAAGUACGCAUUCCAUGCAUAACGGAUUCUUAAACAUAAAGUAAUAUUACAAUGACAAAGUAGUAAUUUGCGGAAGAUAUAGCUAUACUUUUGCUUUAAGUCAAAUUUGUAAGGUCUCUUUUAUACUUUUUCGAUGCAUCGGGCCACAGAUAAAUCAUUUGAAUUAAAAAACAAAAAACAAAAACAUUUCCUGAAGAGGCUCCACGAACAGUAUUCCCUGAUAUUGAAUUGGCCGUCCGACUUCCGGCCCAUUCGCCCCUUUCCAACCAUUUCCGUAGCCUAUUUUCAACGGAAAUGGCCGGUCGUUUUCGGAGUGGAAAUGGGCCAUUCGUCACCACUCGCCACUUUCCGUAACCGCUAUUCGGAUUGUCCCGGAAUAACACGACUUGGUCACGAAUGGAAAUGGGCGAGUCAACACGUCACUACAUUAUGACGUCACGUAAUUGUGUCGUCACGUCAUUGUCUCGCCAUAUUCGUGGAGACUGGUCGUGUGUUUCAAUGAUGCCAAAGAUCUCUGUCUAAAAUGGGAUGCAAACAGACCAAGGUUAAGCCUUUCAAGCAGACAUCUCCCGAGGAGGCUCUGACGGGCAAGAUCAACUGUCCUCACGAGCUGUACUACGCCAAGUGUCAGGUGACACCGCCCACACCCCGCCUGUCAGAGGCGCAGAUUCUUCAACAGCUUCGAGAUGAGGGCUUGGUCCCCGACCGUCAAUCCAGCGGAGGAGUGGCCUUCUCUGUCCCUGUCGUGGAGGAGGUUGUUCCCCGUGGCAAAGCUCCCCGACGUCUGGAGCAAAUCCCUGUGCGAUGCUUCUACACAGCUGAGAGGAGGAGACAGAAGGCUGAUCUGUUCCGACUUGACAGGUUCGUGGAGAAAGUCCAGAGGAAACAACUGGACAGAGAGAUAAAGCACAAAGCUGUCAAGGACGAGAAGAAACGUCGCCAAUUCAUCAAGAAAAUGAAGGCGGAACAUCAGCUCCAGAUGAGAGAGCAGAAACUUGAAAGAUUGGAGGAAGAGCGGGUGGCGAGGAGGAAGAAGCCAGCCAAGAAAUAGACUGAGUGGAGCCAGUUGAUGAUGGUCGGUAUGAUGUAGAGAACAGCGGGUGAUACAAGUACAUCAAGAACAUUAACUGAAAAAAAAGAACAAAAGGAAAACGGAACAAAAUAAAAGCAUCAGGCCCAGCGAAACAGGAAGCCAGAAGAUGCAGUAGAAAUGAAUACAGUUCUUACGCUUGCACUGUUAAUAUUUUGGAAAACUCUUUUUUCCCCUGAUUUUAAAUGUUUAAUUGGACCUCUUUUAUGUGGCAUAUUAUCUGUAUAUCUAAUGUACGUUGUGUUUAUAAUGUACCUGUAAUGGUUGUAUACUUUAUAAUA